CUGAGGUGCGCAUGCGACUCCAGUCGAUCGUGCUCGCCCGCCGGCGCGAAGUGAUCGUGCUAUGUUCCUAAUUCAAAAAUUUAAAAUAUUCCUCGAACUUUUAUCGACGACAGGCAAACGAUUUUAAAUCUACCGCCCAAAGAAUAACUUUCAAAAGACUUAGUGGAAAGUGAUUUCGUGUGUUUUUAUCUGUCGUGCGGGUAUUUUAGGAAAAAGUGAUUAGCGAAGUUUAUGUGACAAGUUGCGGUUAAAGUUCAGACCUCAUUCUGGAUGUACCCACUACUAGUAUAAAGAUAUCGUGAUAUUUACAUUAAGUGAGUGAGAACAAUAGAACGAAAAAAAUAUUAUAUUAUAGAGGUAUGAGACAAGGACAAGACGAACACUAGUGAUGUAACGUAAAUGCGACACCGCGUCAUUUUGACGCAUUCGAUAGUUGGACUAGUGAUGGUACACCGUCGAUAGAUUGUGAUUAGUUAACGGAUGAAUACACUCAUGCUGACGACAGGUGGCGCUGUGGAUGACCAGCCCAUGGACGGGAAUAUGUCUUUUUCAUCAUACAACAUGAUGGACUCGGGAGGAGGAGGAAUCGAAUCACCGCCUACGUACCACAGAACUUACGAGCAAUACGUCCAAGGAGCAGUAGACAAUAGCACCGAUUCCGUCCAAGAGCAGACUAGUCCAGAACUUGUGGUCUGGUCUACUCUCCCCUAUGGCAUAGACUAUAGAGCGCAAUACGACUACAGAAGUCCAUACGACACAUCUAGGGACUAUUCUCCCCAACAAUAUGCCCGAGCGCCGUUCACCACGAAAAUGGGACAAGCAAAAGCCUUAAAAGAAGCCAGGAUACGAAGACCCAUGAAUGCCUUUAUGGUGUGGGCGAAGGUGGAGCGAAAGAAGCUGGCCGACGAGAACCCCGAUCUUCAUAAUGCUGAUUUAAGUAAAAUGCUAGGUAAAAAAUGGCGUUCGUUGACCCCUCAAGAUCGCCGGCCGUUCGUGGAGGAAGCCGAGCGACUGCGCGUCAUUCACAUGACGGAGCAUCCCAACUACAAGUAUCGGCCGAGACGACGGAAACAGAACAAGAGCAGGCCGAACCAGCCCGCCACCCCGUCCAGCGCCCCGCCCUCCGCCUCAGCAACGUUGGGGUCCCCUUACGCCACCGCUACCGACUCACCCGAUGCACGCUUCUCACACAACCCUGGAGCUGGUUUCUCCCCCUAUCGAACGUCGCCCCUCGCGUCCGACUCCUUCCAAUCAAACCAAUUCAACGGCCACGUGCAAACCCCUGAGUCUUCGCCCGCAAGGUCCCCUGAACCGCAAGGAAGGAGAAGCGCCCCCGCCGAAGCUCCCCUACCGACCCCAGAUGCGUCACCAGUGGAAAACGAGAAAGAAAACUUCCAAUACGAAGAGAGGCGAAGAGCGAUAAACGCUUCCUCCAUGUCGGAUUCUUAUACUUACAAAUCUUUUCGCACGCCCGGCUCUUACUCUCCCGCUCCAGUCGCCGCUAUGGGCAUGGCUAAUGGAAUGUACGUAAUGUGCACGCAGAGGACGCUAGCAGAACAGUCUCCACUAGUUACAGGAACGUUCUUUCCACCGGUUGCGACAUCCCAAGACCAGCAAGCUCUAGGCUCGACUGCACCGAGGGUGUCUUCCGCACCGAGUGGACCUCACACCACAGAAUACAGUAUUCAGUACCACCCGUACGAGCAAUACGAACAUCAGAUGUACAAAACGGAGGACUCGUACGUGUCUCACUAUCCCGAGCAGCCGAAAACCGAGUACGAGGAAUAUAACACGAGCGGCAAUUACUUCGCUGAGGAGCCUCCGAACCAAUCUCAAGAAGCAGAGCAAAAUAUAAUGAAUCCCCGGACGGAGAUUCGUACAGGAUCUCCAGAGUCGGACUUGGAUGCGAGAGAGUUUGAUAAAUAUUUAGAUUACGGUUCAGAAGGAGCGAUGGAGCAUUACAGAUACGAACAGCAGCAGCAACAGCAGUACCGGCCGCCGUACUGCAGCGAGCAAACGCCUGCGCCGGAGUACUGUUCAGAGAGGAUGUACCCGUCCCCUUACGCGUCAGUCAUCUCAGCCCCCCCACCCCCCGGGCCCUACGUCCCCCCGCCGGUUGUGCCAGCUGACGCGCGAUCUGACGACGAAUUCAGCGUCAUCCUUGCUGGCGUCAGACAAACCUGCUACAGCAAUUAACAGUAAAGAUCGUUAUGUACUCUUUUCAAAUGUAGCCCAAAGAGUUAUUUUUGAGAUCAGUGAUUUAAUGUUAAAUAUUUAUAUAAUUAACGUGCUUAUGGAAAGUUGUUAAUGUAAAGUGAUGAUUGUUAUGAAAUAUUAAUUGAUCGUGUUUGUUUAUAAUUAUAAUGGGGAAACAAAUUAAAAUGACUGAAAAUAGUACACGUUAAGCACUAUUUUAAAUGUAAAACAGAUAAAAAUAUAUUUUGUGAUUAUUUUGAAAGACAUUAAUUUAAUCGAAUGGGACGAGAGGGAUGUGUUUAACAGUUGUUUAAUUUUAUUUGUUUAUUAUUAGUUACACAAUGUUUAAAAUUUCAUUAAAUUUGAUUCGUUAUUAAUUUACGGGUAACAUGGUUUUCGGAAAUGCCCGAUCAUGUUUUUUUUUUUUUAAUUACAUAAAUAGUAACGAAUACACAAAAUUGUAUUUACUUACUCUUAUCUAAUAAAUAAUUUUCACUAUCAAGGAAAAUGGUAUUUGGAAAAUCCUCAUAAUACGAAUAUUUACGUUUUGUGAAAUCCUUUGUAUUUUUAUUCCUGUUUAUUUUUUCGUUUGUUUAAUCUUUUUUAUAUGAAAAUUGUAAUAUUGAACCUCGCCAGAUAGAUUAAAAACUAUGUUUAAGCAAAUAAUUAUACGAAUUUAAAAAUUUUGUAAGAAAAUAUAGCACGAAAACUUUUGUUCGGGAAAAAUCAAUAAAUUUAUUAAUUAAAAGAUAUUUUUAUUAUCACGAACAAGUUCUAAAUAUAUUUUUUUUCACUAUAUUUGGAAUAUCUAAUAUAUGUGAGUAUCUAAUAUAUUCGUUGAAUCUGUUUCGUCGUAUUCUCGUAAAUAUUGCGAGAUAAGUUAAACGUUUCCUAUGUAAAAUGGUAAAAGAUUAUUUAUUUGUAACUAUUACUGUAUAUUUUAGUAACAAAAACAAUUGUCGAACUAUUCGAAAACAUGGCUCUUCCAUUAAAUCUGUAGAUAUAGUCUCUAAGUUUUAUUUCCAAUUUUUUUAGUUUUUAAUAUGAUAUACGUUGUCUGUAUAAAUUGUAAGAACAUUCAAUUGAAAAUAUCUCAUAGUUUUUAAUUUAAUUUGUACUAAAAGUUUAGCUGAAAUAUUAAUUAGUUAUGCAAUCCGUAGGUUUAGUUUCAGAUACACUCGCACUGCGAAACUAUGUUCUUCCUAUUUGUAAGAAAAUUUAUAAGAAGCAAUAAAAAUUAUAUUCUAAAGUA